CCGGCGGUGACAUGAGCGACAGUGUGGCUGCGACGCCCGGGCGCUGUGUGUGUGGUGCUGUGUACUCGCCUCGUAACCUUCUUGCAUCUGACUUUUAUUCAAGAACAUUUUGUGGUUUGUUGGAAUAUAUAACCACAACGCGCACGUCUUGACAUCGCCGUGAUCAGAGAAUACGAACCUUUCACCGUAAGACAGGUUAGAGGAGCAUGGAGACGGCUUCUGAACAGAUCAACAUGGUUCAGGAGGAGGACCUCAGUGAAGGCGACGACGACGAGAACGACCGCUUGACCUUGACGUGGUGGCGUGGUGAUGACCUCACAACCAUCAUCACCAUCCUCGCCGUGCUCUGGCUUCUCAAGAAAAUUAUCUUCGGAACACAACGCAGAUGGUUUGCGUACGUGAUGCACAUGUGUACUAAGGACGUGUUCGUGCAACUGGAGGAGGUGAAGAAAGACCAUUUUGCAAGCCUCUCCUUCGUCGUCUCCCACGACCCAGAACUUCGCAAACAGAAUGCCAUAAAGAUCCUCGAAAUUGGUGUUGGUACUGGCGUCAACUUGGCCCACUACCCUGACGGCAGCCGGCUGGUGGUGGUGGAUCCAAACCCAUACUUCAAGUCAUACUUUGACGCUAACAGAAAGAAAUUCCCCAACAUUUACUCUGACGAGAUUAUAGUAGCAUCAGGCGACAACAUGGAGAUGAUCGGAGACAACAGUGUGGACGUGGUGGUGAUGACGCUCGUCCUCUGCAGUGUGGACAACGCCGACCAGAUCCUUCGUGAGGUUCUUCGCGUACUGGCGCCGGGCGGCAAGUUCUACUUCAUGGAGCACAUCGCAGAAUUUGAUCUGGAGAGGCACAGUCUGAGGAGGCGGCUGCAAGACGUCUUCACAUGGUUGAGGGUGUGGCCCUUCAUCUUCGACGGCUGCUGUCUCAACCGUGACAUGCUGCCCAACAUCCAGAGAGCUGGCUUCUCCUCCGUGGAUGCUCACAAGUACUACGCUCCUGUUCCCAGCUUCCUCUUCGAUCUUGAACGACCCAAUCUGAAGGGAGUUGCUGUGAAGUAGAGCUGCAGGUUAUCAUAGUGGCAGGUUCGUGUUACAGCUGCAGGUUCUUGCUACAGCUGCAGGUUCUUGUUACAGCUGCAGGUUCGUGAUACAGCUGCAGGCUCUUGUUACAGCUGCAGGUUCUUGUCUUAACUGCAGCUUCUAGUUAUUUACCUGAAUUUUACCUGGGGGCUACUAUCUUACUAGUGGCCUCAACGAUGACAGGAAGCCGGUAGCUUGUCAAACGUCCCCCCAUAUUUGUUCUUAUGAUUUUAUUGAGCUUGAUCUUGAAUUUCAGCUUUUUUUUUUUUGCAUUGCAUUUGCGACUUCUGUGGGUAGGUGGUGCCCUUGAGUUUAUAAUCUUGUGUGUGAAAAUGUUUCUCCAUUUGCUGUCCUCCUACAUUGUGGCUUGUUUAGCUUUAAACCGUUGCUCCUUGCUUGUGUUACAUCUGGCCUUUUAAAGACGUUGUUUUGAUCGGUAUCCUCCAAAUUUUCAGUAUUUUCCAAGUUUCGAUAUCCGCUCCGUCAUGUCUGGUCUGCAGUGUUGCUACAGAGUCGACUUCGUUUUGGAAUGAUUUUUUGUCGCUCAACAGAUUCUGUCUAGUUUACAAACGUUCCAGAGGACAUCACCAUCAAUUUAAUGUUAGACAGAAUCUACUGUGACAUUUCUACGCCAAAGCUGCACCCCCGUAAUCUCCUGGAGAUUUGCACCAAAAUGGCCCCAUUCACAACCACUUGGGGAGACAUGUAUACCCAGAUAGACGGAGUAGCCACGGGGGUCCCACUAGGAGUCCUCUUUGCUAACUUCUGUAUGGGAAUACUAGAAGACAUCAUCUUCAAAACCACAAGGGAAACCUUGCUUCUACUGUAGGUACAUCGAUGUGUGAAAGCAAACCAUCCUCCUGUUUAGAUAGUACUCAUACUAUCGUACAUAUAUUUCGUAAUCAACAAUUAGAAAGUAGAAUUUGGUACUAUUCAAUUUGGACAAACCGGAUAAGGUUUUGUAUUAAUGCUGCUAAUAAAACCUAAUUUAACAUUUCUAAGCAGCUGUAUGAGCUAUAAUAUAAUGCAUAUAUGUGCUAUACUAAGCUUUGGAAUAUUUAAGUAUGGUUUUUAUUUUUUGUUCUGGAUCUAACUGUCCAUUACAUCAAUAUCUGUAGGAUGGUCCCCAUUGUUACAAAAGUACUAUCACACAACCCAUUCUCCUGUUUAGAAAGACCUCCAGGAAUUGUUAAUAUUAUUAAAGGAUGUACUUACCCAAAACUCAGUGCUUAACUUUACUCAUGAACUAGUCAUUGAUGGUACACUCCCUUUCCUCGAUGUCUGCGCGAAUCAAAGACAAACUUUCACCAGACAAGUUCAUACUAAACCCACCAGCACUGGAUGGUGUGUAAAUGGUCACUAAGAAUGCCCAGAUAUAAAACUAGUGUGAUAAACUCGUAUAUAUAUAUGCAGAGCCCUCACUUAUAUUUCUGAUUGGCAUAACAUGCAUAAAGAAUUGCACAGGAACCUUCAAGUAUUAAUGAACAAUGGGUUCAUUAAUGAAUUAGAGAAGUCAGUAACCAUAUCAGGAGAUAUUUAGAUUAAUGGGUACAACAGAGAACAAUAAAUACAACAGUAAUAAACCCGUCCCAUAAAACUCAAUUACAAAUCCACGAUGAGUUCAAAGUAUAAACCAGAAGGAAUCAUAAAGAAAUAUAAUUCAAAAUAGAGUGAAACCCACAGCCCCAGACCAAGAUUUGGACUUCAUUAUCUACUACCAAACAAAAAGAACUGCAGCUUUGAUACUCAAGAACAGCCAUAAUGAACAAUACAACCCUCUCCAAAAAGCAAACGUGGUAUACCACUUCACACGCCACAGUGAAGGAUCUCACCUUCGAUCUACCUAUAUUGGAAUGACCACCACAAAGCUUUUGAGAAGACUGACCUGCCAUCUACAAUCAGGAGCCUCCAGUAAACAUACGCAAAGUGAACAUAACACGACACUGACUAGGAAGGUGCUAGUAGAUAAUACAAACUUCCUGGAAUCUACCACUGACCAAAUAAGAUUACAAAUCCUGGAAGCUAUGCUUAUAAGAAAAGACCCCUUCUUAAAUAUACAGAAUAACGACUUUGCUUCUGUGCCAACACUGUGAUCUAGGUCUCGCCAAACAUCACCAGAUAAUGACUUCUCUACACCCACCCAACUGUACCUGUGUUUUACCCAAUGAUUGAUCGGCCCUACCUCCUUACCUUGUUUAUUUGCCCCCAUCACCUCGGCCCCCUUACUUCUUCGACUCUUUCGCGAAUAUUUAACCAAUUUUGGUUAAAUUGCGGGAUAAUUUAACACGGACUAUUCAUGCCCGUGCCACCUCUUGGGUGGCUUAAUCUUCAUCAAUCUCAUGUAUUCAUUCUUUACCUGAAGAUGUUUCAGAGUGGAACGAAACGUUGUAGAAAAUAAAUCCUUCAAUAAUUA